UCGCAGGCUGCACAAUUAUAAGAAAUGCUGGAAAUGCGCCUCCCUACCAAUCGAGUGAUCGCUUCCGUUUCCAACUCGCAAUACGUGCCCGCGCUUUAGCGAGCCGAACACAAGGACGUCAAGUGAGAUGCGAUCCGCGGCCAGAGUUGGAGUGACGUCAUUGGAUGAGUCGAUGUGCUGGGAGAUUGCCUUCUGGCUCUGGCCGAUUGCCUUGUGAGCGGCUGGUCAUGCCUGCCGUGAGGGCUGCCGGGAUUUGGAGUAUCUAACCAGUUUUUGGGAAGAUGGCGGAACAGGCCGGGAAGCUGCAGGAGGAGGCGCUGAGGAGGAAAGAGCGGCUCCGGGCAUUGAAGGAGCGGCAGCUGCAAAACAGAGGCAAAGAUGAAGGAGAGCCAGGAAGUAAGCAAUUCAAAGAGGACGAAGAUGAAGAAGUAAAACAUAGAGAAUUAAAGCUGCGCAACUAUGUCCCAGAAGACAAGGAACUGAAAGAACGUCUUGUGCCUAAUGUCAAACCAGCCUCAGUUGAGGAUAAGGUGAAGGACCAGCUUGAAGCAGGGAAGCCUGAACCUGUCAUUGAAGAAGUGGACUUGGUGAACCUUGCCCCCAGGAAGCCUGACUGGGAUCUGAAAAGGGAUGUGGCCAAGAAGCUAGAAAAGCUAGAGAAGAGAACACAGAGAGCAAUAGCAGAACUAAUCCGUGAAAAACUAAAAGGCAAUGAAGAUGAUCUGGCGUCUGCAGUUGGAGCAGUGAAACAGGAGGAUUAUGACUCUGAGUGACUCCAUAUUCUUAGGUGGACAAUGGUUUGGGGUCAGCCACAAACUAGAUGACUUCAAGGUAUAGGUACAUGCACGUCAUCCAGUGUCUUCAGUUCACCUCCUCCUUCAAAAGAAAAUGCCAGUAUAUCAGAUGUAGGUCAAAGUGUGGGAAAAGGAGGCCAUUCACCCCACCUUACAGGAAAGACACUGCUCUCUACACUGACAUCUUGCUGCUGAUUUAAUGAUUCCAUUGUCUUUAUUGCCACCGUUCUACAUACUGAUCUGCGAAGAACUUCAUCUUCAAUUCAAUUGCCCUAUUGUUAUGCUAAUUUUGAAGUGAUCCAGGAUGUAUUUUUUCUAUGACAUUGACUGUGUUAUACACCUUCACUAGAUCCGCUUCAGUCACUUCAUUUCCAGGUCAAAGAGCCCAAGUUUGUUCUUUAUAACUCAGCCCUUCUGAAAUAAAGAUAAUUGUAUUGACUCUUUUACUCUGUCUUCAGGAUUUAGUUGACUCCCUGUGCCUUACUGUUCAGAAUUGAUUGCAGUGUUCAAUAUGGUCUGACUAGCUCAUUCUGCAGUAGUUGCUUUUGGAGUGGUGCCUCCUCCAUGUCUUUUCUCACAGACUCUGAUAUGGUGAAUUGCUGAGAGUUGGCUUCAAGGAAAGGUACCUAAUGUGCUCAGAUCUGGAGCCUCUCUGAAACAAUCAGUAAAAUUAACUUUAGAUGACUAAUGUAUUUUUGUCAGUCUCUGCCUUUGAAUCACUUGAUCCUUUGGGGAAUCGAAUCAAAUUGUUGUGAUUUGGUGAGGAGAGGUGGUGGUUGGAGGGUAAAGUGGGUUUAUAAGGUUGUAUAAGAAGCAGAGAUCAGAGCUUUUAUUAAGAUUUGAGAAGAAAAGCCUGUAUGAGUGUGAGAUUGAAACCCACAGUAAUUGCAAAGUGUAAUCCUCUCCACAGGCUGCAAACCUGAGUCUAGACUCAUCCAAUAAGUUUUAAUAAGAUUUGAAAAUGUAAAUUUGCAAAGCCUCGUAACCUGUACAAAAAUGUAUGUUUUUAUGUAUUGGGCUUACCAGUAGUGUCUGAAUGAGAAGAGAUGGGUGAAUUUUCAGAUAAAGAUCCUUUCAGAUAAAGGUAAAGAGCCUUGCAUCAAAUGUCUGUACAGCAGACCUACUAUACAUUCAAGCAAUUUUACUUGAGCUAAGAGUUUCUUAAGCCUCAGACCAAAAUAUUGUCAGUGUAGUUUGUCUCAAUAUCUGAACGUUGUAUUGUAAGUGUGUGGUAGUCUUUCUAUGCUUGUGUGUGCUGCCAUGAGUCAGAGUUGGGUAUUACUAAGUAGAUUACCCCUUUGUUUGCUUGUUGUCUUUUUAUGAUAUUUUUGACAGUCUUUGUAGGAAAUGAUGUGCUGAUUUAUAAUAAAAGAACAAACCAAAUUCACUGAGUUGUCUAGGUGUUAAUGU